AAAAAGUCCCGUCAAAAUCGGUCCAGCCAUUUCAGAGAUUAGCCGGAACAAACAAACAGACAGACAGACAGACGAAAAUUGUAAAAAAUGUUAUUUUGGUGUAUGUACCGUAUUUAUAUCAAUAAGCAUGUAGUAGGAAACGGUUAUUUCAAUAUUACAAACAGACACUCCAAUUUUAUUAUAUUAGUACAUUAGUAUGUAUAUAAAAAUGUGGCUUCUGGUAUCACAGAUACCAGAAGCCAAUUUAGUAUUGAUAUGUUGCCAAGCCCAAAUUAAAAAAACCACGAUUGAAAGUUAAAAAAACCCAGGACUAUCCAGUUUAAAACCAGACCGCAGUAAUAGUGUUGCAACAGUUAUAUUAAUAUGUAGUAAAUAUCAAGUAAUUAAUAUAAUCAGUUAUUGUACAGUAAUAACAAGUAUUUGAUAAAAUUAUACUGUUGACAAUCAAGUCAAGUCAUUAAGAGGCGCGCAUACUUUAUAAUCCCAGGACAGUACCAAAUAAAUAUUCAGGACUUACCAGGACACUUCAAAAACUAGGACAUGUCCCGGGAAAACAGGACGGUUGGCAACUGUAGUGUAUGUGGAAACACUAGCGAUUUAUUAUCUGCAGUCUCGCGCCGAGCGUACACAGGCCACCGUGCGCAAGAGGGGAAAUAUUCCCCGCGCAAGCGCCACUGAGUAAGGACGUGGAGCUGUGGCUAACGAGCCGAUAUAUCGAUAACAACUUACAUACCAGGCGAUACAAGACAUAAAUAACAAAUAAGUGUAACUACAGUAACUCUAACGUGACAAUGUCGCAGCGGACGGCGCUGAACGAGCACUACAAGGGUCUGGUGGAGAAUUUUUCGAUCCCGGCGGAGCAGCAUGAGCGGCCCGACGGCACCAGAUAUGCCACGUUCAGUGGCGUGGUGCCCAUACACUGCUGCACACCAGAACAGGUUGAAACAUUAGCGAAAGUCACACACCAUUAUUGCGACGUGUUCACACGAGACCUGAUGGCUCCACUUGAGGAGUUGGCCUACGUACGCCUCGAUCAGGACACCGCUGAGAAGGUGUUCAUCAACCGUACCAAACGUCUUCUCAUCAUAUCGAGCGACGGCAAGCUGGCGCAGUGGCGGUGCGCGCCCAGCUUCGAGUCGGCCAACCACUACAUGGCUGGAACUCCCAUCGUCAGCCAGGACGGCGCCCUCGUGUCGGUUGUCACCGCCAGGAAGGGGAACCACUAUGCUGUCUCCACUUUCGAGGGCGAAGGCGGGUACUUCGAAACCACAGAAUCCUGGAAAGUCAUCAAACUUCCUGAAGGCAGAAUAGCCUACGGCGGCGAUACGUUCAGCUCUCGCGAGGAACUGGCGCAGUUCUUAGCGAAGACACCACCAGCGUCCGUGGGACCUGAGGAACAGCCCACCGCGAUCCUCGUCCAGGGGAAGACGCCGAGGUUGGCGCUGGUGGCAAAGAACGGGAGGCAGCUAUCUCACCACUACCUACCCGCGGGGGUAGUUACCGAUUUAGAAUACCUUUAAGUAUUAGUAAUAUUGAUUCACGACUGAUUACAGAUGCUUUAGUCAUAGUGACAUUUUUUUUAUGCAAUUAAAAUGACAACCUGAUGGCCCAUUUGAUGGAAUUGUUACUAUCUCUAUAUAUAAAAAUUACGUGUCCCGUUGUUGUCCGAUGGACUCCUAAACUACUGAACUGAUUGCAAAUUUGAUUUGCACAUUGUGUACAAUUUGAUCCAACUUGAAAGAUAGGAUAGCUUACAUCUCAAUUUAUAGUCGCAAUAUUAUUUUAUUCAAGAACCUUAGCCACAGCAACGCGUUGCCGGGGCUGCGGCUGCUUCCAGAAUUACUAAAAUUAGCUAUAUAUAUAUAUAUAUAUAUAUAUAUAUAUAUAUAUAUAUAUAUAUAUAUAUAUAGCUAAUUUUAUUCCUGAAAUAUUCCUGGAAAUCCAGGUAAGGUUUAAACGGUGAGAGAAUAUAGAAAAAUUGCGAGGAAAAUUUAGAUUUCAAAAACAGAAAAAUUAUUUACUUUUAAAACAUGUCAGUCAAAAAAUGACACUAUAAUGACACUUGAUUGAUGUGUUUGGUGCGUUCAGAAAUAUACUUUGAGAGUAUUAGAAAGUAGAUUUUAGUUUAAAUGGUGAUAAAAUAUGAAGAAU